AUGUCUCGCAUGCCCACGAACUUUCUACGCCACGCUACUAUCAUCAUUAGCCAGGUUAUUAUCCUGGCAUUCGGGUACGGAUUUCUUGGUGCAGUUCUCUAUUAUGGUUACCUCUCUCCACCCGAUAACGUUGGCGAUUUAUGGAGGCAUCACCCCGGGGAGUUGACGAUGGUAGUCACAUUGAUAGCGACUGUGCUCUCAGUCACUACCGCUACACUUUUUACAAUUUCGAUAAAGGAAGCAUUGAGACAUCGGAUAUCGCAGCCCAUCUCUCUCGUUGAACUGAGUGCCGGUGUCGCUUUGGCGAAGGGCUCGAUCAUAUUGAGACCUGAGUACUUGCGACUGACCACCCUGACACUUUUUGUCUUUGGUGUGCUGAGACUCUUGACAGCUGGGUGGACAACUCUCCUGACACCAACCUACUUCCUAUGGCCAAUUCAGAUGCGAGGUUCUGAACUUGACAUCACUGGAACCGCGUUUUCUACCUUACUCUUCCAAGAACUUCAAAAGCAAGGUUUUUCCGACAUCCAGGACAAUGCUUUCGAGAUUCUCGACAUCGGCGGAAUGUUAAGUGGAGUCUCUGCUGCAGGAUAUACCUAUGGUCUUCCUGGUACAUUUAACUUCAAUGGCGCAAAAUAUAAUGUAUCUACUCAGGGGAUUGUGCCCACCAUCGAGGAUUAUUCCGGCUCGGAUGGAGUUCCGAGUGCCAACAGUACUCGUCUCGGGUUUUCUGGUGGAAACGUCACGGUCAUCAUAGGACCGAUACUAGGAAAACAUACCAGCGUGUCUAUGCCUCGAGGCUUCAGCAGGAACUAUUCCAUGUGGCAGCAGGGGUUAACAGCUGAUGUCAGCUGCCAAGCCAUUGACUCGAGUCAAACGCAAUACGUUUGGAACACGAACAACUCCGAGGUUAUCUAUACCAACUCAGCUGCUCCGAACAACUCCAUCACUGGUCUUCGCUUGUGGAAUAUAACUGCAAACUGCGGUACCAACACGCCCACGACACAGGAAUAUGUGACCAUGGUGGAUGCAAGUGGAAAUGCGAGCCUGUCAGGGAGUGGCUUUCUUCCUUCCGUUGUGUGCCCGGGGCCUAUGAAUCUGAAUCAAACUUAUACAAGCUUCACGAUUCUUUCACAGGGAUUUUACAAGUAUAGGUUCCUUGACGCAAGUGUGUGCGAAGUGACCCCACUGUUGACCACAGUCCGCGCCAAUUAUUCCAAUGACCUAAUUUCUUCUGAGGUCAUGUCAUCCACCCCUUUCCGAUCAGAAAAUGCUCAGCUACUGUCACUCGUCGCUGGAGUUGCCAAGUUUCAGUCGAUCAACUCGCAGGGGCUUAUGAGCAGCGCGAUCGGAGAUACUCUGUACUCCAUCUAUUCCUCAACAACUAACACAUCUAUUGACGACAAUCUUGGAGAUCAGACGCAGGUUUACAAAGAAUUGGAGGAGUAUUGGCGUGGUGUUGUUGAGUUUUCUGCCACAUUCCUUCGUUCCGGGUUUAUGGUUGUGGGUAGCUUCCCCGAUAAUACCAUUCCAGAGUACCUUUCAUCCCCAGUCAAUGGGACAAUGUACAUAUCAACGAUAGGUUGGACUCGGCGAUCUGCGACAUAUCUUCUCGCUAUCCUUCCCCUCACUAUCAUCACCAUCCUCACAUUCGUGUGUGCUUUAUAUAGUAUCUUACACCAUCGGAAAGAUAAGAAUGGCUAUACGGCCAUCUUCGAUGCGUCAAAUACCCUUCAUCUCAUUAUGGCAUCCGCUGCAGGACCUCUGAAACUCCAAGAUUUCGGCAAGGAUGGGAUUAUCGCCAACGAGGGCGUGAGGGUGGAGCUACAGAACGAGGGUGCGCAGAAGAAAUUUGUGAGAGAAUGAUGGUGCGCAGAAGAUGUUUGUGGAAGAGAACGAUGGUGGACAGAAGAUGGUUUCGAAUUCGGCAUGAUUUUAGGUACCAGUACGCUAUAUCCAGUUCUCUUUUCUUACUCAUUCUUACUCAUGUCCAAUUGUAACGGUGGCGCUGUUGCCUAUUCGUUACAAUCCUGCCAAACCUCCUGACUACGCACAUAUACUUAUUAUCCUACAGUCGACAUCCUUCUUGACGAGGUCCGG